UACAACUACAACAUACGAGAACUAACAGGACAUCAAGCGUAAAUAUCUAUGUAUGAGGAGGACCUACUAAUUGCACUACUACUGGACGGGGCGGGCUCUGUUGUAACGCCGUUGCUUGCAGCAGCUCCGCCAGCCGCAAAUUGGUUGGCGACGCAAUGGAACUACCAACGAACCUAUGGUGAUGGCCGCGAUCGUUGUUUGGCUAGUACGAUUACAGUAGUCAAGAUCCCCCAUCAGACCUUGAUGCUCGACGUGUAUGAUUUAUCAUCUCGAAAUAUUUUUUAGGAAUAUUAAGCGUAACCACCGUUCACCGCGGUGCAGCAUCUUUCUUCUUCGCAUCCUACCAGCAGGCACCUCUAAAACUUGAUGGUGCUCACCUUAUUUUUAAGCUCUAUUCUUGAUUUUUGAUUUUGAGCCGCUACCAGAGCUCCGGCUCAGGUGGCGCAGGCAGGAAGGGCAAGAAGAGGAGUCUUGCUUAGGACCUGGCAUUUCUAUGGCGCCUGUUCUGACGCAAGGAAGGGCAAGCAGAGGCGGCUUGUUUUGGACCUUGUGGCUAUGCGGAGGUUGGCCGAAGCACUACGGAGGCGGUAGUAGUGCCUCGCUCUGAAGCCAGGGGUGAUUGAGGGUCUCGGCCCGCUUUCCCUCGGGCAACUCCCCGGGUCUGUUGGUUCACCACUAAAACGGGCGGCGUUUCUUCAGAUCUUGGUGGCGACCGGUUGAAACACUGGUCGCCAGCUACUUACAAGCAGGAACAUAGAAAGUACGUUAGACAGUUACUCGCUCGCCUAAAGAAGCGAGCACCCGAUUGAUUUUUGAUUUUGACAGGAAGGGAGAGCAGAGGAGACAGGAAGGGAGACGGUGAUGUUGACAGGAAGGGAGAGCAGAGCAGAGGAGACGGUGAUGUUGACAGGAAGGGAGAGCAGAGGAGGCUCUCUUAGGACCUGCCAGAUUUGUGGAUCCUGUUGGACACGAGGAAGGGCAAGCAGAGGCGGCUUGUUUUGGACCUCGUGGCUGCGCGGAGGUUGGUAGGACUAGCACGGAAGAGGAGGUAGUGCUAGUCCCGCCUGAAGCCAAGGACUAAGAGCAUCCCGGUGCAAUUUUUCUGAGGCAACUCCACAGUCUUGGCUGUUCGACAUCAAAGCGGGUGUUUUUUAGUCAAGUUCUGGUGGCAAAUAAUUGUUGAAACACAGCUUGCCUGCCACUUACUCUCAGGAACUCAAUUAGCACGUACAACAGUCACUCGCUCGCCUAAAGAAGCGAGCACACAGUUGAUUUUUGAUUUUGAAGGAGCGUUUGCGUUUGCGUACCACUACCAGAGCCUCGGCUCAGGUAGUGUAGGCAGGAAGGGCUAGAAGAGGAGUCUAGCUUAGGACCUGCCAUUUCUAUGGCGCCUGUUCUGACGCAAGGAAGGACAAGCAGAGGCGGCUUGUUUUGGACCUUGUGGUUGGGCGGAGGCUGACGGGAGCAUUACGGAUGAGGUGGUAGUUUUGCUCCAGUCUGAAACCAGGGCUGAGGAAAGGCUUCGGCAGUUCUUCUCCCAGGCAACUCCCCGAGCUUGGCCGUUCACUACUAAAACGGGCGGUGUUUCGUCAGGCUCCGGUGGCGACUGGUUGAGACACUAGUUGCCAGCUAUUUACAAACAGGAACAUAGUUAGUACUGCAGACAGUUACUCGCUCGCCUGAAGAAGCGAGCACACAAUUGAUUUUGAAGGAGCAGUAGUUGCUGCAGGACCUAUUUAGUAGCUUCUCGUUCUUGUCCACGGAGCUUGCUAGUUCCUAGUAGGUCUCUGAAGGUGGAACCCAAAGACAACAUAAAUGUGUGUGAAGUGAAAUACUUAGAUUUAGAAAAGAAAAAGCACGCAUGACAGAGCAGCAGAAAGAAAAUAUAUAUUUGUAUACUUCCCUCACGGUGAAGAUUUUCUCAACUCAAACGCUUCGACUCUUGAAAGAGUCACAACUUUAUUUCCUGCGAAUUGCGCUGCUGUAUUUUCAUUUACAUUGGUUUAGAUGAUCUCUCUGCACGGUCACCUGAAAGAAGAUAUUCUGGACAACAAAAGCUUUAUUUAUUUAUCGGAAGUAGAAGACUUAGACAUCUUUCUCGUCGACAUCGUUCACGUUCAUCUCGCCAAGCGGUACCCGUACCUCAUCGUCCGUGAAUAAAUUUGCCUGCUGCAGUUGCACGCCAAUAUUUUAUUCAAUUUUUGCUUUUCUUCUACACGCUAUUUACCAGCUGCGGAUUCUACUGGUAGCAUGUAGAUGCUGAUGUGCCGCACAGGGAGCAUGUAAGUAACUGCCACCAAAACUUGCCAUACAGAAUAAAUCUUCGUACGGCGCAUAGUAAAAAAGAACGGUGUUUGUUUCAUCUGUGAAAAGUGUAAUCUAAGUAAAGAUUUGUUUCCGUCCCUCGACGUCACGCACUGGGAUAUCUUUACAGCAAGCAACGCCGGCGAACGUCCUUUCUGAUUUUUUAAAUUCGGCUGCAUCGUCUUCGUCGUCCGUCGCACCAUUGAAGUGCUGUCGUGGCGCUGGCUGCACGACGACCAGAUGACGUUGUAAGUAGUUGUAGUUUUCCUCAUUUCCGUCCCACAAGCGGCGCUGGAUAAAAAAUACAAGCAUCGUUCUUUCUUAUUUGCUGAGAUGCAGGUGCUGUGAUGAUCAACAAGUAGUAUUCGCUACAUCACACCUAUUUUCAAAAAGUCAUCAAUAUUCAAUAUUGAGAACUGCAGCAAGGACAUGUGCAAAUUUUUAUCGGACGCAAAUUUCAACAAAAAUUGAAAAAAAAUAAAAUUGCUCAUAACUAAAAACCAGGAUCGUUAUUUUUUUAUAAAAUCUGGCAUUGUCAUUGUGUGUCAUGGGUCAUCGUAAUUUUCAGGGCUCGUCCCGUAUUUACCCGCCCACACCGGACGGUGGCCCGCUUGAUUGAUAUUCUCUGCAAAUAAAUUACUGCGAAUUAUAAAUUGCUUGAUAUAACUCCUGUUAAUGUAUGAGUAGAAGCACGGGCCAACUCAAUGACCAUGAAUUCGAGAACAUUUGAAGCAGAAGCUCGUUGUGACACGAAAAAAAAAAGUUGGGAAUCAGAUGAACCUCCAG